AUGGCCAAAAACCAAGCAAAGUCGGCCUCCAACUCAAACCCAGUUUAUCUUGAUGGAUGGUUGAAAGAUGGUCAAAAAGUAAAAUCCAACCCCGACUCCAACAAAGUUUACCUUGAUGGCUGGUUGAAAGACAGCCAAGCAAAAUCCAACCCUAACUCCAAUCAAGUAUACCUUGAUGGUUGGUUGAAAGACAACCAAGAAAAGUCGAUCUCCAACUCAAACCCAGUCUAUCUAGAUGGAUGGUUGAAAGAUGUUCAAAAAGCAAAAUCCAACCCCAAUUCCAACCAAGUUGACCUUGAUGGCUGGUUGAAAGAUAGCCAAGUAAAAUCCAACCCUAACUCCAAUCAAGUUUAUCUUGAUGGUUGGUUGAAAGAUAGCCAAGCAAAGUCGGCCUCAAACUCAAUUUAUCUUGAUGGAUGGUUGAAAGAUGUUCAAAAAGCAAAAUCCAAUCCCAACUCCAACCAAGUUUACCUUGAUGGCUGGUUGAAAGAUAGCCAAGCAAAAUCAAACCCUAACUCCAAUCAAGUAUACCUUGAUGGUUGGUUGAAAGACAGCCAAGAAAAGUCGGCCUCCAACUCAAACCCCGUUUAUCUUGAUGGAUGGUUAAAAGAUAGUCAACCAAAAUCCAACUCCAACCAAGUUUACCUUGAUGGCUGGUUGAAAGACAACAUAGCAAAGUCGAACCCUAACACUAACCCGGUUUAUCUUGAUGGAUGGUUGAAAGAUGGCAAAGAGCAUAUGGAAAGAACUACUCACAACUUCAAUCAAGCUUAUCUUGAUGGUUGGUUAAAAGAUAGACAAGUUUAG